AUGGAGCCUUUCCAAGUGCGCCUAAACUGUGUGGACCAUUAUCAGGCAAACCCGUCAGAACUCGACCCUCCUCUACCUCACAGGAUUGGAAAUAGGGAGAAGAGUUACAAGCCUAAGGUCCCUGUGGUUAGAAUAUUCGGUACUACGGAAACAGGCCAGAAAAUUUGCGUCCAUGUUCAUGGCGCGUUUCCCUAUCUCUAUGUUCGGUACGACGGGGACUUGAACCCCGAGACAGUACGGUCCGCGGCAAGGAGUCUGCAUAUUUCAAUAGAUCAUGCCCUGGCAGUCAGUUACCGACGUAAUGCGUACGACAAAAAGGCUGCUUUUGUUGCGCAUAUUACCUUGGUGAAGGGUGUCCCAUUCUAUGGGUACCAUGUAGGAUACCGGUUCUUUUUUAAGAUAUACCUACUAAACCCUAUCUACACCACGCGGCUAGCGGAUUUGCUUCUCCAAGGAGCUGUGAUGAAGCGCCCGAUUCAACCAUACGAAAGCCACAUUCAGUAUAUCCCGCAAUGGAUGUGCGAUUAUAGUCUGUUCGGCUGCGCGUUUAUGAAGUGCGGCAAGGUCACAUUUCGCUCUCCGAUACCAGAAUAUCUAGAUCUUCCCGAUUUGUUCCAUCGCUGGCAUGACCGAUCAAUACCAUCUGAUUGGAUUUCAGACGAGAGUGUUCUGCCCAAACAAAGCCACUGCCCGCUAGAAGCCGAUGUUUGCGCCCAAGAUAUCCUGAAUAGAUUGGAGAUAAAUGAGCGGCCCAUUCAUCAUGACUUCGGCGAGUUUUUGAAGCCUGCGGUGUUAAGCGAAAAGCUUGUUCCAAGUUUGGCGGGACUAUGGCAAGAUGAAAAGCGCCGGCGCAAAAAACGACUCGGACUCGUCGAUCCGGAUAGCAGCCCGUUUAGCAACGAAGACCUAGUCUCAUUCACGUCUGAUCCAAGAAAGAGCUCCCAGGGAGAUUGGAUCCAUGGGGAUGAAUUCCAGUUAUUGGUGCAACAAAUUGCUGCCGAGGAGCGACACCAAGAUAGUGACCAGGAUGCAACGUUGGAUGGGCUCUUGCGAGACAACAUGUACGAGAAGGAUGUCAAAACUGCUUUGGAGAGCGUUGAAGACUUCUUUCCCGGCCCAGAUGGGUUUACGAAUUUGCAACUGCGCUACAACAGCGAAAGUGAUCCUGCAGAAGAGCGGGCCCAAGACUACGUUGACGAAGAUGCUGUUCGGCUCGUUGAAUCAAAUGCGGAACCUAACUCGUCUGAUGAGGAUGGCAUGACUGACAUAUUUUCCGAGGAUGAGGAUGAAGUGGACCUUGUCAAGUUUGUGACUAACAUGCAGCAAGAUGAGAAUUCCGAUGAGAAUUCUCAAACUCACGAACACGGGCCUUUCGGAUCUCGAUAUGAUGAAUUGGAUUCAGAACGAAAUGGCACUUCUCGCUCUGAAGAGUUGGGGAGCGUUCCAGGUUUAGAAACCCACGGAAUCCAGCUCGAUGUCCCGACUCAAAACAAGAUACAAAGUGGUUAUAUGCCGGCGACGAGACUGGAACAGAAUAAAAUACUGGACAAAACUACCCAGAGCUGCAUACAUUCUAGCCAUCCCCAACCUUGGGAGGCAAAUUCAGAGCAUGACAUUACCAUGAAGGAUUAUAAUAAUACGCCUAGUCGCCGUGCAGAACAGUCAUCUCCGCAGGAACAGCCCUUCUCCUCCCAGUCGACAAUUCGUCCCAAAGGCAUGAGCCAAACUGGUACAUUAAAUUUCCCUGUUGUCAAAGAUCCCAAGGAUCCGAUGACAAUCCUGCGCUUCAGUCAAGAGGGGUCAACCUCGAAAGUCCUGUCGGACAUGGUAGCAAAGCAAAACGGCGACCCUGGGCAAGUCGAGGGCAUGAUGCAACCUUAUUCUUCUACUGAGACUGAAUUUGAUGGUUCAUCGGAUAUAAUUGCCUCUGAAUUCGCAGAUAUUAUGCUUGAAGCUUUCAAUAUACCAUCACAUAUUCGCUUGGGUUGUUUGCGGCAACCCUGCCCUAGUCCUAGGGAAGUUUCUUCAACAAUAAAUGCGUACGGAUACCCGAGUGUCAUCUACCAAGAUGCGCACUACAGUCGGGACGACGACGUUCCUGAUCGCCCACGGGACUAUGCAGGAAGGGAGUUUCGACUUGGGGGUACCAGUAUACAUUAUCUUCCUGAUUUUGAUCCUUCUGGUCGUUUCACCGUAAUGUUGGGUGAACAGGAUAUAGGGUCAAAGGAUAGACGUGACUGGAAUGAAGCAGAUCAUCAAUUACGAGUCGCAUCUACCGCUAGGGUUUGGGAAUUUGCAGCGGUGCCCCCUAGCCGUUCCGAGGUCAUCACUUGGUUUGAAAAUCAACAACGCAAGACUUUGACAACGCCCACGAAAACAAAGGAGCGACAUGAGGACAAAGAAUCCAGGGUGCAGGCGUUUUCCCAAAUCGAAGGCCCAACACAAAAGAAUGACCAUGGAUCCAAAUACUCGCAAAAUGGAGAAUCGACCAGUGUUGAGCAUCAGGCUCAGUAUAUGAGCACUAUGAGUUUAGAGGUCCAUGUGAAUACUCGCGGGGUGCUCUCACCGAACCCAGAGGAAGAUGAGAUAGCUUCGUUUUUCUGGUGUAUAAGCGCGGAAGAUGAAUUUCUCGAGGAUAAUGAUGUUCCAUCAGGAACCCAAAUUGGGAUCGUUUUCCAAGGAGAAGGAAAACGUCCUGAGUUGAAGGUUUCCAAGGCCUUAAGAAUGGAUUGGGAACAUGAACCGACGGAACUGGACUUAAUAAAUCGCCUAGUCGACAUUGUUCGAUUGCAUGACCCUGAUAUUAUCACCGGAUACGAGGUGCAUAACAGCUCAUGGGGGUACGUAAUUGAGAGAGCAAAGAAGAAAUAUGAUUUUGAUCUUUGUGACGAACUAUCGCGUGUGAAAUCGCAAGCACAUGGACGAUUUGGCAAAGAGGCAGAUAAAUGGGGCUUCAAUCAAACCUCGUCUAUCCGUAUCACUGGAAGACACAUGAUCAAUAUAUGGCGCGCCAUGAGGAGUGAGAUGAAUCUGCUACAGUACACCAUGGAAAAUGUCGUUUUCCAUCUCCUGCACCGGCGGAUUCCGCAUUAUUCAUUUCGCGACCUUACCGCAUGGUAUCAGAGCGAUAGGCCACGGGAUUUUAUGAAAGUCGUCAACUAUUUUGUCUCGCGCGUUCAAAUGAAUAUUGAAAUUCUUGACGCCAAUGAGUUGAUACCUCGGAUCAGCGAGCAAGCAAGACUUCUUGGUAUAGACUUUUAUUCAGUGUUUUCUCGAGGGUCCCAGUUCAAAGUGGAGUCCCUAAUGUUUCGAAUCGCAAAGCCAGAAAAUUUCAUACUUGUUUCCCCAAGCAGAAAGCAAGUUGGUCAACAAAAUGCCCUUGAAUGCUUGCCGCUCGUUAUGGAACCUCAGAGCGAUUUCUACACCAGCCCUCUUCUUGUUCUGGACUUCCAGUCGUUGUAUCCUAGUAUCAUGAUCGCCUACAACUAUUGUUAUUCCACUUUCCUUGGGAGGGUCCAGUCAUGGAGGGGGCGAGAUAAGAUGGGUUUCAUGGACUAUAAACGGCAACCGAGGCUGCUGGAGCUGCUCAAAGACCAGAUUAACAUCGCGCCGAAUGGCAUGAUUUAUGCAAAACCUGGAGUGCGAAAGUCGUUACUUGCUAAAAUGCUGGCAGAAAUACUGGAAACGCGGGUGAUGGUUAAGGCUGGAAUGAAGGUGGAUAAAGAUGACCGAGCACUACAGCGCCUUCUUAACAAUCGACAGCUUGCCCUGAAGCUCAUAGCCAAUGUUACGUAUGGGUAUACAUCUGCCUCGUUCUCAGGGAGGAUGCCCUGCUCUGAAAUUGCCGACAGCAUCGUUCAAUCGGGCCGAGAGACACUUGAAAAAGCCAUUGCUUUUAUUCAUUCCGUGGAACGAUGGGGCGCUGAAGUGGUAUACGGAGAUACAGAUAGCCUUUUCGUUUACCUCAAAGGACGGACUCGGGAUCAGGCUUUUGACAUUGGCGAAGAAAUUGCUCGAGCCGUCACAGAUAUGAACCCGCACCCAGUAAAGCUCAAAUUCGAAAAAGUCUAUCACCCUUGUGUGCUACUUGCGAAAAAGCGAUACGUCGGCUUUAAGUACGAACAUCGAGACCAGAAGGAACCCGAGUUUGACGCCAAAGGAAUUGAAACUGUUCGUCGCGACGGCACCCCGGCCGAGCAAAAGAUCGAAGAGAAGGCACUCAAGCUUCUAUUCAGAACAGCAGAUCUUAGCCAGGUGAAGAGUUACUUCCAGAAUCAGUGUACGAAAAUCAUGCAAGGACGUGUGUCAGUCCAAGACUUCUGCUUUGCAAGAGCCGUGAAACUGGGAACCUACAGCGAAAACGGAAACCUUCCCGCGGGAGCUCUGAUUAGCACAAAGAAAAUGCUCGAGGAUCCCCGUGCAGAACCUCAGUACGGCGAGCGCGUCCCCUAUGUUGUGGUGACAGGGGCUCCAGGGUCAAGACUCAUCGAUCGCUGUGUAUCACCAGAGACUCUCCUGCAGGAUGCACAAAUCGACCUCGACGCAGAAUACUACAUCACCAAGAACCUGAUUCCUCCUUUAGAACGCAUCUUCAACCUCGUUGGAGCUAAUGUUCGCCAAUGGUAUGACGAGAUGCCGAAAGUCCAUCGCAUCCGUCGUGUGGAAGGAGCAAACCCCAUCGUUGGUGGAAAGAGCAGCAUAAGGACACUCGAAUCGUACAUGAAGGCCUCAACUUGCAUUGUCUGCAAGGCCAAACUUUACGAUGCCGAAAUUUCUGUCUGCUCAGAUUGCACGCAAAGCCCUCAUAUCUCUCUACUGGAACUUGUCUCCCGACGCCGGCAGGCUGAGGAAAAAGUUACAAAUCUCGAGCGUGUCUGUCGCUCUUGUAUGGAUGUUCCAUUUGGGGAUGAAGUGAAAUGCGACAGUCUGGACUGUCCUGUUUUCUACGCAAGAACGAGAAGUAUGGCCUAUUGGAGACAUGCAAAUGCUUCGCUUGACCCUGUAACCAAACUUCUACAGGAUAAUUGCGGGAAUGGCUUGGAAUGGUAG